CGAGAGUCCCCGCACCUACGCCCCUUCGCGUCAGAUUCGGACCGUGUGGGUCUGACCUCCCGACACCGCCAGGCCGCCUGGGGUGGGCACCCAGCCCACCCUUCAGGGACACAACUGCGCCCGGGGCGCUUCCCCGCCGCCUCCUCUCCAAGACUCGGCCCAGACUCGGGACACCGUGCUGAUCUCCGCGGUCUGUUCCCACCUCCCGCCCCCGCAGGCAGGGGUCAUCCGGUGGGAGUUGGGCUGGUUUCGGGACUCGAGGCCACCGGCGCCCACCACCCUGGGGGCCAGCGCCGGGGGCGCGGUGUCGCCCUCCCUCCCUCGCGGAUACUGGGCGCGCCCUGCGCACGGGCGGGCCUUCCCCUCGGCCCCUCUUCUCCUCCCCCAUCGCCGGGGAGGGGCUGCCAAGGGGCGUCCGGUUACAUCUCCGCCUUCCAGCCUCCCGCGCCGAGCCGCUCGGGUUAGCGGGACCGCAGUCGGGGACCAUGUGGGCCGCGGUCUGCCGGGGUCGGGCUUCGUGGAUGUGGGCGCUGCUCCUGCAGCUGCUGCUGGCGGGGCCUGGGGGCUGCCUGCGCCGCCAGGACCUCUUUCCCUAUGGGCCGGUGCACGGGGACCUGGAGCUGGAACCCGGAGACGACCGCGUCUCCCCCGCCCUGAAACUGAGCACGGCGCUGCGGCUCUUCGACAAAUCCGACAUCCAUUCGGUCUAUGUCACCACGAACGGCCUCAUUGCCACGAGUGAGCCCCCGGCCGAGGAAGCGCACCCUGGGCUCUUCCCUCCCAACUUCGGGGCCGUGGCGCCUUUCCUGGCGGACCUGGACACGAGCGGCGGCCGCGGGAAGGUGUACUAUCGGGAGGACGCCUCGCCCUCCGUCACUCAGCUGGCAGCGGAGCAUGUGCAGAGGGGGUUCCCAGAAGUCUCCUUCCAACCCACCAGCGUGGUGGUUGUCACAUGGGAGUCCGUGGCCCCCUACCAAGGGCCCAGCGAGGACCCCGCCCCGGAAGGCAAGAGAAACACGUUCCAGGCUGUGCUGGCCUCCUCUGACUCCAGCUCCUAUGCCAUCUUCCUCUACCCCGAAGACGGCCUGCAGUUCACAACGACCUUCUCAAAGAAGAAAAACAGCCAGGUCCCCGCCAUGGUGGCCUUCAGCCAGGAGCUACUGGGAUCCCUGUGGAGCAGCAACAGAGUUUACAAUAUAUUCGCUAAUGACAGGGAGUCGAUUGGAAAUUUGGCCAGGAGCAGCAACUCUGGGCAGCAGGGCGUCUGGAUGUUUGAGAUUGGGAGUCCGGACACAGCCAAUGGGGGGCUGUCCUCGGACGUGAACCUCAGAUUGGACGAUGGAGGAGAAGAGUAUGAUGAUGAGGAUUAUGACCCGGUGACAAGCCUAGGCCCGGAGGACGUGGCCACCACACCCUUCCCCUACGAGACCCCCGAACGGGGAGACACUGACACACACAAUUUGCGCAGAGUCCUGUCCCCCCGCCGCCUGGCCACCGACAGACCCGCUGGGCCUGCCACCGAGAGGACCAGGUCUUUCCAGCUGCUUGCGGAGCGCUUCCGCCAGCAGCACCCGCAGGUCAUCGAUGUGGAUGAAGUCGAGGAAACAGAAGUAGUUUUCAGCUACAAUACGGAUUCCCGCCCAACCUGCGCCAACAGCAGACACCAGUGCUCCGUGCACGCGGAGUGCAGGGACUUCGCCACCGGCUUCUGCUGCGCCUGUGUCACCGGCUACAUGGGGAACGGCCGGCAAUGUGUUGCUAAAGGCUCCCCGCAGCGGGUUAACGGCAAGGUGAAAGGAAGGAUCUUCGUGGGGAGCAGCCCAGCCCCCGUCGUGUUCGAGAACACGGACCUGCACUCCUACGUGGUGACCAACGACGGGCGCUCCUACACGGCCAUCAGCACCAUCCCCGAGGCCGUCGGCUACUCCCUGCUUCCCCUGGCCCCCAUCGGCGGCAUCAUCGGAUGGAUGUUCGCAGUGGAGCAAGACGGAUUCAGGAAUGGGUUCAGCAUCACGGGGGGCGAGUUCACCCGCCAGGCUGAGGUGACCUUCGUGGGGCACCCGGGCAAGCUGGUCAUCAAGCAGCGGUUCAGCGGUAUCGACGAGCAUGGACACCUGACCAUCGACACGGAGCUGGAGGGCCGUGUGCCGGAGAUCGCAGUCGGCUCCUCGGUGCACAUCGAGCCCUACACGGAGCUCUACCACUACUCCCACAAUGUGAUCACGUCCUCCUCCGCCCGCGAGUACACCGUGACGGAGCCCGCACAGGAUGGGGCUGCCCCUGCCAACGUCUACACUUACCAGUGGCGCCAGACCAUCACCUUCCAGGAGUGCAGCCAUGACAGCGCCAGGCCGGCCCCACCCAGCACCCAGCAGCUCUCGGUGGACAGCGUGUUCGUCCUGUACAACCAGGAGGAGAGGAUCCUGCGCUACGCCCUGAGCAACUCCAUCGGGCCUGUGCGGGAAGGCUCCCCCGACGCCCUGCAGAACCCUUGCUACAUCGGCACCCACGGGUGUGACACCAAUGCCGCCUGUCGACCCGGCCCCGGGAACCAGUUCACCUGCGAGUGCUCCAUCGGCUUCCGAGGAGACGGGCGCACCUGCUACGACAUCGAUGAGUGCUCAGAACAGCCCUCGGCAUGCGGGAGCCACGCCGUCUGCAAUAACCACCCGGGGACCUUCCGCUGCGAGUGCGUGCAGGGCUACCGGUUCUCGGAAGAGGGGACCUGUGUGGCUAUCGUGGACCAGCGCCCCAUCAACCACUGCACCACGGGCCUGCACGACUGUGACAUACCCCAGCGGGCCCAGUGCAUUUACACCGGAGGCUCCUCCUACACCUGCUCCUGUCUGCCAGGCUUCUCUGGGGAUGGCCGGGCCUGCCAAGACGUGGAUGAGUGCCAGCCUAGCCGAUGCCACCCCGAUGCCUUCUGCUACAAUACUCCAGGCUCCUUCUCGUGCCAGUGCAAACCUGGUUACCAGGGAGACGGCUUCCGCUGCGUGCCUGGAGAAGUGGAGAAAACCCGCUGCCAGCUGGAGCGUGAGCACAUCCUGGAGACAGCUGGUGUGACGGGCCCACAGCACCCCCUGCCCUUGGGGCUGUUUGUGCCCGAGUGUGACGAGUACGGGAACUACGUGCCCACCCAGUGCCACGGCAGCACCGGCUACUGCUGGUGUGUGGACCGCGACGGCCGAGAACUGGAGGGCACCAGGACCAGGAUGAGGCCCCCCUGUCUGAGUACAGUAGCUCCUCCGAUUCACCAGCGACCUUUGGUUCCUCCCACUGUGAUCCCCCUGCCCCCUGGGACCCACUUACUCUUUGCCCAGACUGGGAAGAUAGAGCGCCUCCCACUGGAGGGAAGCACCAUGCGGAAGACAGACGCCAAGACUUUGCUGCAUGCCCCGGACAAAGUCAUCAUCGGACUGGCCUUCGACUGCGUGGACAAGAUGGUUUACUGGACCGACAUCAGCGAGCCUUCCAUUGGGAGAGCCAGCCUGCUUGGCGGGGAGCCAACCACCAUCAUCCGGCAAGAUCUUGGAAGCCCGGAAGGCAUUGCCCUUGACCAUCUUGGCCGCAACCUCUUCUGGACGGAUUCCCGCCUGGAUCGGAUCGAAGUUGCGAAGCUGGACGGCACCCAGCGCCGGGUGCUGUUUGAGACCGACCUGGUGAACCCCAGGGGCAUCGUGACGGACUCCGUGAGAGGGAACCUUUACUGGACAGACUGGAACAGAGACAACCCCAAAAUUGAAACUUCCUACAUGGAUGGCACCAACCGGAGGGUCCUUGUGCACGAGGACCUGGGCCUGCCCAACGGGCUGACCUUUGAUGCCUACUCAUCCCAGCUCUGCUGGGUGGAUGCAGGCACCAGCAGGGCCGAGUGCCUGCAGCCAGGGCAGUCCAGCCGACGCAGGGUCCUUGAAGGGCUCCAGUAUCCUUUCUCGGUCACGAGCUUCGGGAAGAAUCUGUACUACACGGACUGGAAGACGAAUUCCGUGAUCGCCGUUGACCUCGCUGUUUCCAAAGAGACGGAUGCCUUCCACCCCCACAAGCAGGCCCGGCUGUACGGCAUCACCACCGCCCUGCCUCAGUGUCCCCAAGGUCACAACUACUGCGCAGUGAACAAUGGUGGCUGCACGCACCUCUGCUUGGCCACCCCGGGAGGCAGGACCUGCCGUUGCCCGGACAACACCCUGGGAGUGGACUGCAUCGAGCACAAGUGAAGAUGAGAGUGCCUUGUUCCCUCACUGCGCAUUCCGCAGCAGCACCCUAGUCGAAGGGCCCGGACGAAAAACUGUCUGACCUGGUGGCUGGGUGACCACCAGCCUGAGCCUCAACAACGUGCCCCUCACUGUUCCCCAAAACAUCAGCCCUGAGCUUCCGGAACGGGAAAGUCUCUGUACCUACCCAAAGGCAGAACCCCCCCCCCCCCCCCAAACCCUCAGACAAGUGUACGCAGCCCAAAUGAGGGUUAUAUGCCCCGCCCCAGAGCCCCGGAACCGUUCCCCAACAGAGUGCCCCAAGGGUGCCCAGAACCUCCCAGGCCUGAGCCCCGCCCUGUGGCCUUACAAGUUCAGCGUCACUGACAUGCUCGCCGUUUUGCUCCUUGACACACCAGCCAGGGCCACAGCCCAUGGGCCCCGGAAUCGGGAGGGAGCCUUCCGGGAAUAAUUGGAGUGUGUCUUCUCAGAGGCAGAUGUAUCCCCAAGAAUCACAAGGUUUGGGGAACCCAUGGGUGGUUUAUAUAGCCCAACCCAUAUGUUAGUUUCACUUUCUUUUUGUAUUUAUCGUUCAUUCCAUAUCGAGCCCUCCAUAUCAAAUGUGUGUCAUGAUUUUGUAUAAUUUUUAUAACUAUUUUUUAAUGGUGAAUUCUUAAACUGUGGAAACCAUUGAAGGUGCUUACUAACUGUCCCCCCAGGUUAUACCAGUGUGGAUAAUUCCCUGAGUUUACAGCUGUAUAAAUAUUAGUGCUGAAAAUAAAAAAAAAUUGUUAAUAA